AUGCUUCGUCGUCUUUCAAUUCGGCCCGUGUUUGCCCAACGAUAUGUUGUGGCGGGAUACUUCACGUUAUCCCCUGUACGUUUCCAGGGUGCAGACUCAAGCGGUAGUGAGGCCCCUGCGGACAGCAACGCCAAGCAUGACACCAAUACUAGCGGCUCUGCGUCACGGUGGCGCCGCCUAUCUGCGUCACAACUACGCGCCCGCCGUCCGCAGCUUCCGCCUGCGUUUGAUGUUGUGCACUGGAACGACGAUGACAUGAGCAGCGGCCACCUGUUGCGUGUGCUGCACCGCGACAGCUUUGUUGUCCUCGACUAUCACCGUCAGGUGAAGAAACUUGGGGAGGAGGGCAACAAGGCGGAACGUGUCGUGUCGGUGAUGCUGCCAGCCGUGUACACGGCCCGCUUCCUCGGCGUGCUGGAGGGCCGCCUGGACAAGGUGGAGGUGCAGUCACGCUUCACAAACGCCGUUUUUGCCCCCGACCCAGCAGUGCCGCACACAUUCAUCCUUAAUUGCACAUCGACACGGCCACCGCAGCAGCAGCAGCAGCAGAACGGCGGUAACGGCGAGGAGGAAAAGUUUGACUGGACAGUGAAGUUUGAUGUUGCAGAGUCGCUGAUGCUUCACCGAUUCCUUACACAGGCGCUGCACUACAACACCGGAUUUGCCCGCACGCUUGUUUAG